AUGUAUGAAAUCAAGUACCAGAAUUAUUCAAUUAGCAACUACUUGGCGUUCAAUUACGCCGGAUUGGCCUGUAUUGCCAUAGUGGUGUUUCUUACAGCCACGCAGCCUUUCUAUAUCAAAGAAGUGAUCGGAAUCAAACCCAAGCCAGGGUCGACAAAUGAUACCAAGAUCGGACACAUUGUUGGCUUAUUGGGGUUCUUUGAUGAAGUAACUGCCAUGAUCUCGGCUCCGCUCAUUGGCGGCUUUAUAGAUAAGCUUGAUGCUUUAGGGUAUGGCGGAUCGAAGAUUGUCCAAAGUUCAAGUUUCAUUUUUAUUGCAUUGGCCUUGUUUGGAUACGCAGCGAUUAAUCAGAAGCUCGUGCCGGAUAUGUUUAUCUUUCGAUGCAUAUUUGCAUUGGGGGUUACCGCGUGCAUGAGCACCGUUACUGUCACGUUGAAUGAAUUGUCAACCUCGGAUUUCAGUCUCAAGAAAUUGAUUUUUUGGAAGAAAAACGAAGAUUAUCACCAAGUUGUCGAACAGAGUCAGUCCGUCACUUUAAAGAGGAAAAACGGUGCCUUUGCUGGUAUAAUGGGCAUUUGCACCGGUCUUGGCGCCAUCUUUUCCGUAGCUGUUUUCAUCCCCUUGCCCAUCACGCUAUCGAACUGGCGAGACAUUGGCAUUAAGCAAAGUAUCCAGGACUCGUAUGUCAUUGUCAUGAUUUUUGCUGCGAUUUCAAUGGUGGUGCUUUAUUUUGGCUUGUACGACACCAGAAGCGACAAUGCACAACUGCUGCUGGGAGCCGAAAGCAUCGGCAAUGAAAAGUCAUUCUUGACGAUUCUAAGCGAAGGCUUGCAGUUUUCAAGAGGCAACAAGAACGCCCAGUUGGCGUGUGCCGGUGCAUUUGUCGCGCGAGCUACAACCGUGGUCACCACGGCGUUUAUACCUUUGCUAGUCUACAACUACUACUACAGCAUAGGCAAAUGCGAAAGCAAUAGCUGGUCGGAAAAGGAUGGAUGUUACGAAGGCUAUCGAUUCGCAGCAAUGUUAAAUGGCAUAGCGCAAACUGCAGCAUUGGUCUCUGCGCCAGUAUGGGGCUAUUUGGUCAAUAAAUACGGCAAGAAAUCGAUUGGCUUUGCGUCAGCCGUGGGAGCCGUGGGGAACCUUGCAUUAUCUGCCAAUUUUCACUACGAAACCUACAAUCCAAAGACCGCGUCAUGCUUCUUGUUUGUUUGCAUUAUUGGCUUGUCCCAGAUCGGGUUGAUCAUUAGCAGCAUGAGUUGUUUGAGUGGUAUUCCCGAUACUCAUCUGAUUAUGGGGUCAUUGAGUGGCUUGUACACUUUCAGUGGCGGGUUGGGGAUCAUGAUGAUCACACUACUUGGUGGGUUCAUUGCAGACUCGUGGAUACUUGGACCCUUCUUCUUGCUUGGUGUGUUUAACAUUGUGCUUUUGGUGGUUUACUUUCUCGCCUCGAAGGAAUCUGCAAAGUUGGCACUUGAUGAAUCGGAAGACCCCUUGGCUCCUUAG